AUGGCUGAAACAGUCCCACCAGUCAGCGACUCACUCGCUUCUAAUACCACAAAAUUCACAUUCGAAGAACAAGCGACUGCCUCAGUCGCCCUUUAUUCAAUGUCGAUAUUCUGCAUUAUUGUUGGUGGAAUUCGAUCAGCGAAAUAUGUGGCGAAAAUUGUGAAAAAGAACAAAUUGAUUGAAGGAAGUAUUACAAUGAAAGAAGCGAAGAAAUUCCCACUUUCAGCAUCGAUGGUAUUAUUUGGAUUGUACUUGUUCUUCAAGUUAGUUUUUUAUUAUACAUAAUUAUGAUAAAAAGUACACACUGAAACAUUAAAAAAAAAUAAUAAUUUCUCUCAUAGAAAAAGGGGUUUUCAGACCAUCAGACCAACGCUUCAAUUGGGUUGCAAGUGUCGCCCAAAAAUUGCAAGUUCCUCAAGAAUAUGUUGAUAAAAUCAAUGCUACUAUCAUCAGUUAUACUGCCAAUUCUACUGAACCAACAAAGCCUCUUUAUGAAAAGUGAGUAAAUUAUAGUGUAAAAGUUGAGGUUUGGAAAUUUUGUUUUGGAGAUAUUGAAACAAAAACUCCAAAAUUUUAUGAUAAUAAAAUGAUAUCUUCGAGAAUUUCUGUGAACCUUUUAAAAAUCUAGAUCUUCACAAUCCUCGAGUUGUCAACAAGAUUAGAAAAACCUUUUUUUCAGAAUCCUCAAUAAAAUCCCAGCCAACAUUCAAGAACAAAUUGUUGUGCCAGAAUUUGUCCAAGGAUAUUUCCAUUGGGUUGCUGAACGUAUUCCACAUAUUGGAAAAGACGAAGUCAUGAUUCUUCUCACAUUUUUGAUUUGUUUCGAAGGAUUGACUGCUCUUGCAACACUUGUUAAACCAUUGAUUUCCGGAUUAUUGAGAAUUAUCCCAGGACUUGGUUUCAAUGCACCAUAUUUGUUAUCAUUGAAAAAAGGAACAAAAGAAAUGGAUGAAGGAGAUAUUGAAGAUGCUUCAAAGAAAGAUACCGAAUAUCUUUUCAAAGUUGAAAUUGAUAGACAUGAUAUUUUUGCAUUGAUUUUCUGUUCACCAGUUCUUAUUUCUCAUUUAACACAAAGACAUUGGAUCACUAACAAUUUAAUUGGAAUUGCCUUUUCGAUUUUGGGAAUUGAACGACUUCAUUUGGCUAGUUUCAGAGCUGGAGCUCUUCUUCUUGCUGGUCUUUUCAUUUAUGAUAUUUUCUGGGUUUUCGGAACUGAUGUUAUGACUUCAGUUGCCAAAGGAAUUGAUGCACCAAUUUUGUUGCAAUUCCCUCAAGAUAUUUAUCAAGUUGGACCAUGGGAAGCUGUUAAACAUUCAAUGCUUGGAUUGGGAGAUAUUGUUAUUCCUGGAAUUUUUAUUGCUUUGUUGAGAAGAUUCGAUCAACGAGUUGUUCAAACAACAGCUGAAGCAAAGAAUCCAAACAAGAAAGGAAGAUAUUAUUUUGCUGUUACAAUUGUUGCAUAUGCUUUGGGAUUGUUGAUCACAAUGGCUGUUAUGCAUCAUUUCAAGGUAAUUUCUGAAAAUGAAAUUCGGAAUUGUAAGAAAAAAAUUAUUAUUCAAAAACGUGACCUUAAAAUUAGAAAUUCAUUCUUAUUUUUUUGGCCACAAAAAUUUUUGAAACUGGUCCCAAAACUGUGAGAGGGAGAUCAUGACAUUCGGAAAAAUUUUUCGAGGGAGGAUCAUUCCCGCCCAAAUCAAAAUUUUGAUUCGGGCGUGAAUUCAAAAUUUCCAAAAAAAACAUUUUUUUUCAAAAAUUCUAAAUUUUUUUCAGAAAAAAUUGAAUACCGUUUCGAAAAAAAAAACAGUAUUUUUAAUGAAUAAAAAAUUCGAGCAAGAAUUUUUUUUCGAAAAAACUGAAGCUUCUGAAAAUUUUACCACAGUCCAUUUUUGAAAAGUGAAGAGCGUGAUUAAUUUUGCGUUGAAAUUCCUAAUUACAAAACUUUCUAAAAUUCGGCAUAAAACUAGAUAAAUGUAGUGAAAUUCUUUUUGAAAAAACCUUCAAAUUUUUUCAGGCCGCUCAACCAGCUCUUCUCUAUUUGGUUCCAUGUUGUCUUUUGAUCCCACUUUUGCUUUCUGCAAUUCGCGGUGAAACUUCAGCUCUCUGGAAUUACGAUGAGGGAAAAUAUGUGGACAACGAGGAAAAUCGCAAGAAAGUUGAUCCAUCCAAGAAAAAUAACUAA